CGGCUGGAGUACCCCUCGCGCGGAGCCGGGCCGGCUCCUUGGGCCCCACGCGCCGCGAUGAAGUGUCACUACGAGGUGCUGGGGCUGGCGCGCGACGCCUCGGACGAGGAGCUGAAGCGGGCGUACCGGAGACUGGCGCUGCGCUGGCACCCAGACAAAAAUCUAGAAAAUGCUGAUGAAGCAGCGGAACAGUUUAAAUUAAUCCAAGCGGCAUAUGAUGUAUUGAGUGAUCCUCAAGAAAGAGCAUGGUAUGAUAACCACAGGGAAGCUCUGCUGAAGGGAGGGCUUGAUGGAGAGUAUCAAGAUGAUAGUUUGGAUCUGCUGCGCUACUUCACUGUUAACUGUUACUCUGGAUAUGAUGAUGAUGAAGAG